AUGUCUGCGCCGCCGUCACGCUCUCCCUCGCCCGUCCAGGCACCGCCUGUGCAACAGACUCCAGGUCCACGCGCCGCCGCUCUGCAGAAGCUCUACUCCGAUGCCAUCAAGCACACCCUGCGCACCUGUAGCUACUCGAACUUCGCGUCAUCCUUUCCGACACCAGCCAGCCAUGCUCCCGAUGCCAUGAAGCGCCUACAUAGCGACUUUGUCGAGAAGCUGGACCGUUCUUGCAAGCUCAACUUUGACCACAUCCUACGCGACCGCCAGGUUGUCGCCUCGCUGAACGACUUGGACCGCCUGGUUGACGACGCAAGGAGAAGAAAGACUGCUGCCGAGCAAGCCAAUACUGGACAAGCAGUACAACCUCCACUCCCUCCUCACACUCUGCCGGCUUCAUCGCUGUAUCUGUCACAUCUUGGGCCUCUUCUCUCCGAGAAGCACGCUUCUCUGUCGUCAAGACUGCAGAAUGCUCAAUCCGAGAACGCCGACCUUGUCGAUACCGUCGUUCAACAGCGACGUGAGAUUGAGCGUCUGCUCUCGCAGCUGGAGACAACAAUUGCUGACAUCGACGCUGCCAAUGAAGCCCUACCUGUCGACAAUAUGCACGCUUUGACUGAAGAAGCUGUCGCCCUGGACAUGGACUUGAGAACUGCCGGCUGA